CAGGUGGGCGGUAAAAAAAAACAAAACAGUCCGCUCCGGUUCGACUCUCGGUCCGUGUCGUCUGUGAGCAGCUCCGUCUACGUUUAAACGAAGGAGGAGGCGGAAAUAAGGAGGUCAAGCUGCGGAGGAGAUAAGCGGCUCUCAGAUGGAGUGGCUGUGCGGACCGGAGCUCCCGUUCUGGGUCGAGAAUCAGACACUCCACACGGAUCGGCCCGACCUCCCAGAGUGUUUUCAGCUCUCCGUACUAUCAUGGCUGCCGUGUGUCUACCUGUGGGCAGCCGGUCCAUUUUACAUCUUCUAUCUGAAGAGGAACAACAAAGGCUAUAUCAUGAUGUCCAUCGUGAACAGAGUCAAGACGGCGUUUGGCUUGUUGUUGUGGAUCGUAUGUUGGACGGAUCUCUUCUACACAUUCCAUGAGCUGAGGCAUGGACACAUCGAGCCGCCCAUCUACUUCAUCACCCCGCUGGUGCUCGGCAUGACCAUGCUCUUGGCCACGUUUCUGAUCCAGUUUGAAAGGUUACGUGGAGUUCAAUCCUCAGGGGUCCUCUUCAUCUUCUGGUUCCUGUCUUUGCUGUGUGCCAUUGUGCCUUUCCGCUCCAAGAUCCUUCAGGUGUACAGCCAGACUGAAGUGACAGACAAGCUGCGAUUCACGACCUUCUACCUCUACUUCAGCCUGGUGGUCUGCGAGCUGAUUCUCUCCUGCUUCAAUGAGAAACCUCCUCUCUUCUCCAGCGUUGUUACAGAUGCUAACCCCUGCCCUGAAAACACAGCAGGAUUUCUUUCCUCCAUAACAUUUUGGUGGUUCACCAAGUUCGCCAUUAAGGGCUACAAAAUGCCUCUGGAGGCCAAAGACCUGUGGUCUUUGAACCAGCGUGACAGCUCCAAGGUGAUGGUGCCCAAACUGCUGGCUGAGUGGGAGAAAGAGCAGGCCAAAGCCAACAGUGAACAGACACUUUCCAGUCAGGCUGUAUACUCCAAGUCGCCGCCGUCAACCACCAAUCAUCAUCCAGGAGGUCAAAGCAGCCCAGAUGAAGUCGAGGUGCUUCUGUCUGAUAAGAAGGCUUCUCCUCGACAGGCAUCGUUUCUACGCGCCCUCCUCAAAGCCUUUGGCCCCUAUUUUCUGAUUGGCUCAGCCUUCAAACUCUUGCAGGAUGUGAUCAUCUUCAUCAACCCUCAGCUCCUCAGGAUGUUGAUCGGGUUCACCAAACAGAAGGGUGUUCCUGAUUGGUGGGGUUAUGCGCUGGCCUUCCUCAUGUUCUUUACAGCCGUUCUGCAGACUCUCGUCCUCCACCAGCAGUUCAACUACUGUUUCAUCACUGGCAUGAAUGUGCGCACAGCUGUUAUUGGAGCCAUCUACAGAAAGGCACUAGUGAUAACCAAUGCUGCUAAACGCUCGUCGACGGUGGGAGAGGUGGUUAACCUGAUGUCCGUGGAUGCUCAGAGGUUCAUGGAUCUCACCACCUUCCUCAACAUGCUUUGGUCUGCUCCUCUGCAGAUAAUGCUGGCGCUCUAUUUCCUCUGGCAGACUCUCGGCCCGUCAGUCUUGGCUGGAGUGGCCGUCAUGAUCCUGCUGAUCCCGUUAAAUGCCGUUAUUGCCAUGAAAACGCGAGCCUACCAGGUUGAGCAGAUGCAGUACAAAGACACCCGCAUCAAACUAAUGAAUGAGAUCCUGAAUGGAAUCAAGGUGCUGAAGCUGUACGCCUGGGAGAACUCCUUUAAGGAGAAGGUUCUCGCCAUUCGGCAGAAGGAGCUUAAUAUUCUGCGUAAGAUGGCCUACCUGGGAGCUCUGUCCACCAUGGCCUGGACCAGUGCGCCUUUCUUGGUGGCCAUGACAACAUUUGCGGUGUACGUGACUGUGGAUGAGAACAACGUGCUGGAUGCAGAGAGGGCCUUCGUGUCUCUCUCGCUCUUUAACAUCCUCAGGUUUCCUCUCAACAUGCUUCCACAAGUCAUCAGCAGCUUGGUGCAGGCCAGCGUUUCGCUUAAGCGAAUCCAACAUUUCCUGAGUCACGAUGAGCUGGACCCAAAGUCUGUGGACAAGAAAAGCACAGCUUCAGACUGCUCGGUGACUGUUGUUAACGGGAAGUUCACGUGGGCUAAAGAAGAUCCUCCUGUUCUGCAGAGUAUUAACUUAAUGGUGCCCCAGGGCUCCCUGCUGGCAGUGGUCGGCCAAGUUGGCUGUGGGAAAUCCUCGCUGAUCUCUGCGCUGCUGGGCGAAAUGGAGAAACUCGAGGGAGCGGUUUCUGUUCGGGGAUCAGUGGCAUAUGUACCUCAGCAGGCCUGGAUACAGCAUGCCACUCUGCGGGACAAUAUCCUCUUUGGGAAUCCCUACAAUGAGCAAAAGUACCGCUGCGUUUUGGAGGCCUGCGCCUUGACACCGGAUCUGGAUGUGCUCCCUGGAGGAGACUUGACUGAGAUAGGCGAGAAGGGCAUCAACCUCUCUGGUGGUCAGAGACAGAGGGUGAGUUUAGCCCGAGCGCUGUACAGCGAUGCUGAUGUCUACCUGCUGGAUGACCCGCUGUCCGCUGUGGAUGCUCACGUGUCCAAACACAUCUUUGACAACCUGAUCGGUCCAGAGGGAGCGUUAAGAGGCAAGACACGUAUUGUGGUGACACAUAGCAUCACCUACUUGCCUCAGGUGGACAACAUCGUGGUGCUGGUGGAUGGCAGGGUGUCGGAGAUGGGCUCCUACCAGGAACUGCUUAAACAGGACGGAGCUUUUGCUGAAUUUCUCAGGAAUUACUCUCUAGAGGACAUCAUAGAGGACGAUGAGGUGGCGGAGGAGUUAAUUGAAGAUGAGGAAUAUAAUGACGAUGUCCUCAGCAACCACAUCGACAUGGUGGACAGCGAGCCAGUCGUCAAUGAAGCAAAGAGAAAUUUUAUGAGACAAAUUAGCAUAAUUUCAUCGGAGGGAGAGAACCCCAGGCCCCGCUCAGUGAGGAGGUAUGUUUGCAACAUGAAGAAAUACCCAGAGCUGCCAGAGAAGAAGAAACCACAAGAGGUGGAGAAACUUAUCCAGGCAGAGACCGCAGAAACAGGCCGGGUGAAAGCCAAAGUUUACCUGGAGUACGCCAAGGCGGUGGGACUGCUGCUGUCCGUGUUAAUCUGUUUCCUCUACGGCUGUCAGAGCGGCGCUGCUAUUGGUGCAAACAUCUGGCUCAGUCAGUGGACUGAAGACGCCUCAAGCAAUCAGACAAAGGAACACGUUCAUAUGAGGGUGGGGGUGUACACAGCACUGGGCAUAGCACAAGGUGCGCUGGUGUUGGUUAACUGCACGUUGUGCCGGGCCUACGGUGUGCUCCGGGCAGCCAAGCUCACCCACCUCAACAUGCUUCAGAGGGUCCUGCGAGCCCCGCAGGCCUUCUUCGAGAGCAACCCCACUGGGCGGUUACUAAACCGCUUCAGCAAAGACGUGGACGCGAUUGACUCGCUCAUCCCCGACAAUAUUGACAUAUGGAUGCGCACUUUCUGGUACACACUGACUGUGCUGCUCAUAUGCUCUGCCCUCACCCCAGUGUUCCUCCUAGUCAUAGCCCCGCUAACGGUGCUCUAUUGGUGGGUUCAGAUUUACGUUGCCACAUCUCGCCAGCUGAAGCGUCUGGAGUCCAUCAGCCGCUCUCUAUACUCCCAUUUCUCUGAGACCGUCACGGGCUCCAGCGUCAUCCGAGCCUACGGCAGGAACUCUGUCUUUGUUUGGAUGAGCGACCUGAAAGUGGAUGAGAACCAAAAGAGUUACUACCCAGGUAUCGUGUCCAACAGGUGGCUUGGCGUACGUAUCGAGUUCAUUGGGAGCUGCAUUGUGCUGUUUGCUGCUCUGUUUGCUGUGAUUGGAAAAGACAAGCUCAACCCAGGUCUCGUGGGACUAUCCGUGUCCUACGCUCUGCAGGUGACCAUGUCUUUGAACUGGAUGGUUCGCAUGACUUCAGAUCUGGAGAGCAACAUUGUAGCAGUAGAGCGAGUGAGGGAGUACUCUGAAACCAAGACAGAGGCUCCAUGGGAGGUGGAGGACAAGAAGCCUCCUCCAGAUUGGCCCAUGGUGGGAAAUGUGGACUUUCACAACUACAGCGUUCGGUACCGAGAGGGACUGGAUCUGGUUCUGAAGAAUCUCACGCUGAGCGUCAGAGGAGGAGAGAAGAUUGGUAUCGUGGGUCGUACCGGAGCCGGAAAGUCCUCCAUGACGUUGUCCCUCUUCAGAUUACUGGAGGCCGCAGGUGGGGACAUCACCAUUGACCAAGUUAAGAUCUCUGAGAUCGGCCUGCACGACCUGAGGUCCAAACUGACCAUCAUUCCACAGGAGCCUGUGCUGUUCUCUGGAACCCUGAGGAUGAACAUCGACCCUUUUGAGAAGUACGACGAUGAGGACGUGUGGAAAGCUCUGGAACAUUCUCACCUCCACAGAUUCAUCAGCAACCAGCCCUCAAAGCACCUGGAGUGUUCCGAAGGAGGAGAGAACCUCAGCGUAGGCCAGCGGCAGCUGGUGUGCCUCGCUCGCGCUCUGCUGAGGAAGAGCAGGAUCCUCAUCCUGGAUGAAGCAACCGCCGCUAUCGAUCUGGAGACGGACGACCUCAUCCAGUCCACCAUCAGGACACAGUUUGAGGACUGCACCGUCUUCACCAUCGCACACAGGCUGAACACCAUCAUGGAUUACACGAGAGUGCUGGUGUUGGACAAGGGGCAGAUUGCAGAAUUCGACACUCCGGCAAACCUCAUAUCGCAGAGAGGAAUCUUCUACAGCAUGGCCAAAGAUGCAGGACUGGCACAGUGAAAACAAAAAAA